UUAGUGUAUUUUAGGAGUUACAUGACUGUUGAAAGAACUGUAAGCUCAAAUGCACUGUGAUAAUUAAAGUGUCAUAAUUAACAGUGUGAUGAGCAGCAGUGGAUACCGUGGAAGAAACUUUGGACCACGGGGAGCUCGUUCAAAUGGUCCAACCAAUGGCUUUAAUGGCCCCAGAUUUCUACACCCUAGCUUUAAUCAUCCACGACCACCACAUAGGUUACCUGGACCUGAAAAAUGGAUAGAACGUCCAAAUUUUGUACCAUGGCAACAAAGUAAAAAUUUUCUUCCUCAUCCACAAUAUAGAGGUAAUUUACAAUUUCGACCAAACAAUAGAGGUAGAGCAGCAGGUGGUCAUGGAAUAGUGAGAUUCUCUGGUCCUGGUAGACCACCAGCUCCUCAAUCUUGUAUGGGCUUUAUAAGAAAUCCUAUAUCUAGAGCACCAUUACUUCAAGAAGAACAAGUUGAAAUUAAAUCUACAUUAGUACCACAAACUCCUUUGCCUGGUUCUGAAGAAGAACGUCAGCAAAAGAUUUCUGAAACAGCUGACAAGUUAAAGCAGAAAUUAUCAUCUAUAACAGAAGAAGAAAUUACAAACUUUUGGGAAGAUGAUUUGUCUGUUUUGCCAAAUAAUGGUUCUGAAGAGGAAAAUACUUUAAAUAAAGGUAUCCCUGAGCUUAGACAUGAGCCACCUGAAUUGGAUUUGACAUUUUCUGACUUUAGGGAUAUAGGCAGGGUUGAUUGCAAUAAUUCAAAAUUUGAAACUGUAGAUAAUAAAUCUAAUGAUGAGAGUCAAAGUAGUUUUGAGCAGAAGCCUACAGAUAGUAGUACAAGUACAAAUGAUGAAAUUACUAUUAUAUAUGAAAAUAAAGGUGAAACAUUGAUCAGUUUGAAUUCAACACUUGAUAAAGAUGAUUUAAAUCAAUCUAUUAUAUUAUUGGAAGAUGAUAAAUGUCAUGAACAGAUACACAAUGAAUUACUAAAUUUUGAAUGCAAUGUAGAAACUAUACAGUUACAUGAUGAUAAUAUUGCAGAAGGUAUAAUACCAUCAAAUUUAAAUGAUGCUGGUGAAAAGUCAUUAACUUCAAAUUUAGAUGAAAAUAUCGCAAAUUUGACAUCAAUAGAAUCAGUGAAUGAUUUAACAAUAGAAAAAUCUUUGGUUGUAAAUGAUAUAGAAACAUCUUCUAUAUCAGUAUCAACCACAGACAGUCAAAAUGCAUUACAAGUAGACUUUUCACAAGAUCAAAACAUUGUGCAAACAGAUAUACAAAAUACAAUUAGAGAUGUUAUACAAGAUACCAAUGUGGAUGCACAUCACAAUGAUUAUGCAGAGACAAACUUACUCGAGGAUAAUCAGAUUCAAAAUAAUUUACAAACAAAUGACUCUCAAGAAAUGGUUUGUCCAAAUUUGUCAAUUAUAUCUGAUUCUUCUCAACAAAAAUCAUUUAAUAUUCCACCUUCUAAUGAAGAAAUUCAUUCAAAUACUAUCUGUGAUUCGACAUCUACAGCAUAUUCAAAUUAUAGUGAAGAACAUAAAUUAAGUGAUGAUAAGAAGAUAAAUAAUUCACCUGUUUUUCAAUCAAGAGUUUUUAACAUACCUCCUAGGUUCACUCCAAGAAUUCUUGGGUCUAGAUGUCGUUGGACAUUUCAACAAAAUGGAAAGAAUUUAUUUUUUAGAGGAUCACAAAGAUUAGCUUUUCAUGGUAACCGAAUGGCUUCAUCAAGGCAUAUUGCACCAGUUCCAGUUGGAUUUGAUCCAAGAGCACCACCACCAUUUACACAUAAUGUACCUGUUUCAAGUCAUGACUCUCAGCACAAUACAUUAGUGCCAUUUUCUUCUAUUGAUUUGCUUCCUGCAUUUGAUCCAAGUGAACCUCCACCAAAUAUAAGAUCUAAAUCAGUGACUGAACCAUGUAAUAGGCAAGAAAAUAUACAGACUACACCUUCUGUGGAUUCAAGAAGUCAAGCAGUAAAUAAUUCACAAAGUAAUAUACAAAUUAUGCAACCACCACCUGCCUUUGAUCCUAGGGGACCACCACCUAGAAUUCCAAAUGUGACAACUAGUGAAAAAUUACCUGAAUUUAAUCCUCAACAACCACCACCAAAAAUUCAUAAACGGAAUGAAACUCUUCAACCCCCACCAAUCUUUGAUCCACGACUAUCUUCUCAAGAACGUUCUAAUUUAAUUGCUCCAUUAAACUCUUCUAGGUCAAACAUGAUGUCAAUGAAUUUAAUGGAAACAUCACAAGUGUCGGACUUCAAUAUUGGUCCAGUUGCACCAAAUUUUUCACAACUACCACCUAUGAACAUACCAUCACAUCAACCUUUCAUUUCUAAUGUACACAUGAAUUUUCAGCCUGUUUUACCACAAACAAAUAGUGGACAACAAAUAAUGAGUGAAUUUGCUUUGCCUCCACCACCUAUAAAUGUUACUGAAGUUCCUCCACCACCUCCAACAGAACUUUCAGUGGAAAGUAAUUCUAAUCUUAAUCAAAGUAUAAAUAUGGAUGAUGGGUUAGAGGAUAUGCAGGAAGCAAUGGAGUUUGCAAAGCAGAUAAUGAAUAUGAGUGAAGAAAUAAAGAAUGAAAAUGUAUCAUCCAUGUUAUCUGAAUUACCAUUGGCACCAUCAGAAAUUCCUGUACCAAAUGAAACUGUACCUUAUUCUUCAUUAAUAGAAGAGGUACCUAUAAAUACUACAAGGAAACAAAGAAGAAAAGAAAGUAAAAAUAAAAAAAGUAAACAAAAUAUAGUUUGUGGACCAGAAUUCAUUCUUGAAAGACAAGAGGAGAUUGUGACAAUAGAUGAGGAACAAAAUGUACAAAAUCAAAGUAAAAAUACUGAAGAUACAUUAUUGUCAAAUGAUCAAAUAAGACCCAAAGUGGUGUUCAAUUUAAAUUCAAAAACGAAGAAAAUACAGAAACCAGAAGAAUGGCACAGAAUUCCUAUAAAUAUUUCUGAAAAUAGGGAAACUUCUCAACAAGGUGCAGUUCAGAAUUCUAAUAAAGAAAAGGCACAGACUAAAAGACAUUCUUCUGAAAGUAGAAGAAGUAAUACAAAUCAAAACAAAAGUCAACAAAAGGAGAGCAGUGUUAAAAUGAACUCAGUACACUGUGCAUCAGUCAUAAAUAUUUCAAUGCAUGAAAAAUCAAAUGAUACAUCUUAUCAUAAAGAUCAUAGUAGAGAUUUGGAAAAACUACAUCCACAUUCUUCAAACACACCAGACUCUAAUAAUACAAACACACAAAAAAAUCAAAAGACGAAAAAAGAGUCUAGGAAGUUAGAAGCUCCUACUUCAGAAUCUUCUUGGAAAAAUAGAGUGAUCAACCGUUUUCUUAAAAUGAGUAAAAAUGAUAUUUGCAAUAUGGUUAACAAUUCCAGUCUUCGUAAAUUUGAUAUUGCAAUGAAACAUUUGGUAAAAGAAAGGAAGACUUCCCUUUCUUUAGAAAUGAGGAAUACAGAGGAUGAAAAAAUGAAGGAGUAUGAUAGAGAGGAAUUCAUGAAUCAGUUAAAUGCAAUGUUAGAUCCAAGUGCUGUUGUGGGUAUUACAGAUCUACCUACAGAAUUCAUUCAUCAUCUGAGUGAAGUUUUACAACUUGAUCCUAUGCCAUUUGAUGCUGAAUUGUCAGAGAAUCAAACUGCAGGUGUUGAUGAAAUUACUACAAAAAUUAUUUUUAAUCAGGAUGAAAAUUCAAGAAUACAUAUUUGUGACUUUUCAAAUGAGGAGAAUGCAAAAGUUCAAUCUUUUACUGAGUAUUCAGAACCACAGAAUAUCUGUGAAGAACUGGUAGAAAAUAAACUUUUAUACAAGGAAGAUCUUAUUCAUUAUCCUCUGAACUCAGAAUUGAAUUUAAACAUUUCACGGGAAGACACUAAUUCGUCGCAGAGAUCACUGUCGAAUAAAAUAAAUCCUGAAGUCGAGAACACGCAUAAAAAGCAACAACAGCCAUUAUUCAAUGAAGCUGAUCUGGACGAUAUACUGUCAGAAGUUACAGAAAGGACAAAGAAUUUACCAAAUACGAUUUCGUCGCUGGGACUGGACAAAUCCAUUGAAACACGCACAGGUUCCUCAUUGCCGCAAACAGUAACGGAAGCUUUUGAGUAUAACACUUUCUCGCAAAUUCCUAAUAAAACGGCAGCUGAUCUCGAUGACAUUUUUUCAGCUGGGAUCGCUCGGGUCAAACUGCUUGGUAAAAGUAAUGUGGAUUCGGAUAAUUUAAGAGCACGCAAAUCCAGCUCAGAGGAUCGAAAUACUUUCAGACCUGAGAGAUACGAAAGAUGGAACAGAAAAGAACGAGAAGAUCCGGAUGCGUUUAGAAAUCUGACAAAGGAAGAAUGGGAGGCGAAGUAUGGGUUAACGACAAAUGUUACGACAACUCCAAUCAUCACACGCAAAAGUGCAUCCAACAGUGUUGAAAAUUUGACUAAGGACAACAGAAGUCUUCAUGCUCAAAGAUAUUGCUCGUCGGAUUCACCAAUGAGGCACUUAAGCAUAAGUCCUUUAACUCGUGAAUCUUCUAUGCAUAAUGUGGAUAGAUGUACCACCAGUCGUUCCAACGAGAUAGAAGAAUUACAAAGGGUAGAACGAUCAGAAAGCAGUACUGAUUCCAGUACUAGUAGCUCAAGCGAUAGUGACGAAGAGACUGUCGCUCCCAAUGUAACGAAAUUGUUGAAAGUGAUCAAGGAAAAGGAGAAGAUUGCGAAGAAAAAAUCAUUGAAUGAAACGAUUAGGGACGAGGUAGCUGCUGAGAUAGAGAAAAAAUGGAAAGAGAAGAGCAAGCAUAAAGAGCGUAAGUUUCGCAAACGUGAAAAGAGGAAAAAAGAUAAGAGAGAGAAACGGAAGAAGGAAAAGAAAAAAAAGAAAAAGAGAAAUUCCCAUUCUGAUUCGUCAAAGUGUAGCGAACAAAUUGAAGGGGGAUUCCGAUUACUGACAGAGGAUGAGAUAAAGAAAGAGGUAGUCGUCAAGGAGGAGCCAGUAAAUUCAUUUGAGGAGAGUGUUUCAUUUAACAGUGGAGCCAGUAACACUUAUGUUGUUCCUACUUCGGUUAAUAGUAAAGCAGCUGAUUUACGAAUCGAAUCUCAAAGUUCAAACAUAGAAAUAGAUCAAGUUCCUGCAGUUACCUGUGAUACAGUUUUGUCACAAAUCAAGAGCAAGCCACCUGUUAUUGUUACAAUGAUGCAACCAAAGACAAAGGCACAACUCAAACAAAUGCCAGAGUCCACUAAUAUAGAGCAGAGGCAAUUAAUGGAAAAGUCAACUGAAAUUGCAAAGGAUAAUGGUAUAAUGAGUAUCAAUAAUGAUAGAAUGAAAGACUUUUUGGACACGAAUAAAGAUGACAAGACAGCAAACAGUAGUAAUGAACAAAUAGAUACCGUUUCGUCCAUGAACAUUUCUUUAUAUCAAACUAAUGUAUCAUUGAAUAUCAAAGAACCAUUUUCGUCCAUUCAGUCACUUAUUGAAACUGUUUCUGAUAAUACGACUGCGCACGCGACAUCAUUUAUAAAUCUUAGUGCUGAAAUAAAUGCGAGUAAUCAGAGUACUGAUCAGAAAAUGUUGCAAAUAGCAACAAAAGCUUCUUCUGUGGAGAACAAAAGUGGUAACUAUAAAAAAAUAGACAUAAAGGCGUAUAAGGAGCGUGCGUUGCAAAGACGUUUAAAGGAACAGUCUAUGCUGAAAGAAACCCCGGAAGAUUUAGCUUCGUUGACUCGAGAUUUGCAUCUUGUUCUGCCUGUAAGUGAAACUACUGUUGAACCAUUAAGUGCAUUGAACGAGAUAAAAAUAACUGAAAUAGAUACUAAUAAAAUACAAUUAAAAGAUCCGCGGCUAGCCAGGAGAUCAUCAAGCGCUCACACUUUGGCGGAUUCUAAUAAAGAAGUUAAAGAGAGGUCUAAUUCAGAAGGGGAUUAUCAAUCAGUGGAUAUUGUUCAAAAAAAUAAAAAAUCUUCAGUUGUUGUACAGUUGAAAAAUGUAAAUGAAAAGAGUGUCACUCAGCUGGUAGAUUCUGACCUAAAUACUCUGAAAGAUCUUAGUAAAUGUAAAGAACGCAAAAGCGAUAGUAAAUCUUUAUCGCAAGAGGUAGUGGUUGAAUCGUCUAAGUUUAAAAAUAUUCGAUCGGAGGGAAGUAAAGAAUUGAAAUUGAAGAAAGAGAAGGCCAAGAAGCUCAUGGAGAAAAAGAGGAAGAAAUCGUAUGAUCCUCUGGUAGCAGAGAAACAUGUGGAGAAAUACUCGCAUAAAAAGGUAUCAUCUGAAGGCAAUCAAGAAUCCUUGGUUGUUAUGACUGAAAUUGAGAAAACAAAUAGUCGUGACAUUCACAAAGAUUUAUCGAAAAUUAUGACUUCUGAAAUGUGUUCCAAAUCAGAAUUUAUUAUAGAUGACAGAAGUGUACAGGAGCAAGCUAAUGUUCAUUCUAUUUUAGAACUAGACAAGCAAAAUUCUAACGAAACAAUUUUAGAUAAUCAGCAGGUUGCAGAUGAGGAAAAAACACAGAAUAAGGAUGAUCUAAAUUUCGUAAAUUCGGAAAAUGGAAAAGAUAGUAUUAAAGAGAUUGAAAAAGAUAUAAUUAAAAUUGUUGAAAUGGAAACAUCGUCCAAACCAAUUUCUAUUAAAAACUUGAACAAAAAGAAAGAUGUAUGUAAAGACAUGUCGGUGGGUUUAAUCUCUCUUGACAGUGCUCAAACAAUUUUCACUGAAAAAUGUAUAGAAAGUACUGUAUCUCUUAUUACGGAUUGUGUUAGCGACGAAUCGCGUUCGUUAAGUGAACACACCGAUGUUGACGUUAGGAAAAGUGUUCAUUUAGUCAACAUUGAAAGUUUGAAAAAUGUUAUAAUUCAUGAUAAUUCUACUUUGGAUACGGAAAUGGAUUCAGAUAUUGACAGUAAAUGUAAUAAUAUAAAUGUAGAAACAAAUGAUAUGCAAGAGCAGGAUAAAAAUAAGAUUACAUCUGAAUCACAUGAGGAUUUAAAAGAUUCAGGUAGUAAAAUCAUAGAGAGUGAAACACAAUCUCCAGAGAGUCCCAACAGCCCCUUCAAAGGUUUUCUCGCUGAUUCCAUUGAAAAUGACACGUGUCAGGUGUCUGAAAUGUAUAAGGUAAAAGCAAGCAGUAUAAGUGGCAAAGAAAAUGUAAAGAAGAAUUCCAAACAAUGGUUGGACACCUGUCUUAAUAAUAAACUCACUUUGGAAUCACAGCAAGAUAACAAAGAUAUUGAUGAAAGUUCAAACAGGAAAAAUGAGGAUAAUGAAACAAAGUCAAUUUGUAGAUUAAUGGAGGAACAACAGGGAAUUAGUAUAUCUAAUGUUGCUAAUGAAACAACAGGUAACACUUUACACGUUCUAGAUAAUAUUGAAGUUGCAACAACAACCUUAACAACUGAAAAUAGGGAUAUCACAGGGAAAAAUGAUCAAGCUUACAAUGCUUUUUCAGAGCAAAGGAAUACUUCACCCAUGAUCGACAUAAACAGUCAUAAUUCGACAGUUUUCGAUGACGGUGAACCGUUCAUUGUUCUGGACGAAUAUAUAGAUGAUGCAGAUGGAAAAUCGAUUGAGAAAUUGAGUGCUCUUGAUUUAGAUUUUGAAGAUUGCAUAGCUAGGGAUGCGGAUAUUUUUACAAACAAAUCUUUAGCCGAAGAAGAAAGGUCAACGAAUGAUAUCAAAUCGCCGAAUUUUAAUUCGAUAGAUUUUAAAGAAUUAUCUGAAGUCUUCGAUAAAGAGAAUAUUGAUAAAGAACAAAAUCAGAGUACUAUAACAGCUAUAAAUGAAAGCGAGGAAAUUGUGUUACCUGAAGAAAAUACUGUCCCUCCAACAAAAUUAUUUGUAUCUGAAGAAGGAUCUAUAAAUGCCACGGAUGUAGUUUUCUCAACCUUUGAAUCGAAUAGCGAAUCAAAUUCAAAAAUAACGAAGAUUGUUAAAUUGAUUGAUUCGACUGUUUCAGAAAUUCCAAUAGAAUCUUCGGAAAAUAUUAUUAGUACAAUGUCUAAAGAUAUUUCUCAGAGAUCUCUAACGCCCGAAUUAUCCUACACAGACACAGGAAGGACUAAGGAAGGGAAUCUUCACUGUGCAUAUAUAUCAAAAAAUAAUUUACAAGACAACUCUGAAUCUUCUAGUACAGCAAAAAUGGAAGUUACAUUACUUGAAACUGAUACCUCGCUAAAGUCAAGUGCUCCAAUAGAAACUGCCAUGAAAUCGUCGUUAGAGAAUUUUUCGGUUACCGAAUCGAUGCAAAGUGAAGAGUUCUUAGAAUUGAACAAACAGACAUAUGAUUGUGAACAAAAAAAUUUACAAAAAUCAAACGAUAAUCUGGUGAAUAAAUUGAAUUUAAUUCCUUCUGAGGCAAGAAUGUCCAGUGAUAAAGAUGCGUCUUUUGAUUCCACCGCAGGACAAAAAACAUUAAAAUAUUCGAAUAAGACAACUUCAAACAACCCAAACCAAAGGGAGGCAGAUGAAAUGUUGCAUAAAAUAAAAAAUAAAUCUAGAAUGAAACAUAAAAAACAGAAACGCACUAUUUCAGAGAAGACAGUGAAAGAGGUAAUGAAAUCAGACACUGUAAAAGUGAAAUAUCCAAGUACAAAAGAGGCUAUAAUGGCCAGGAUGAUCGAAAUUGAUGUCGAGAUUCAUAAGUUAAUGACAGAGAAGAUGACCCUGUAUCAAAUGCUGACAAGUGAUGCUUUACCAAGCGACAAUAAUUUACAACAAAAUAAUGUAACGCAUGAAGAGAAAGAAAUUGAAACACCGGUGAUUAGACCUCGAACUCCAUCCGCGUUAAUGUCACAAUUAAUUCAGAAUAUUGAAACUAGUCCUGUAACGAAUCAAUGUGCCAAAAUAACCACAGAGAAUGUGUCUACAAAAGACAGUACAAUUAAUUCUGAACAGCCAAAUAAAUCUAAGACGUUACCUAGAAACGAGCAUCAAACAGAGAAAAAAGGGAGUUGUACUUCCACUUGCGGUUCUGACGAUGAAGAAACUAUGCAUCACACUAAGUCGUCUAUCUCUAGAAAGAGAAAGAGGCAAAGGUCUGAAAGAACGCCUAAAAAUUUGGAAAAUAAAUCAGACUGUAGUGUGUCUAGUAAGGAUACACAAAUUAUAGAAAAGAAACAAGUUAAUGAUGCGACGAAAGUAACAUCUCGAAAAAUUAAUACGAGACAAACAAUAAUAGAACAAGAUUCUAGUCAGGUUUCAAUUAAUGAAAAUAAAUCCCAAAAAGAUAAAAUAUCUACCCAACAAAUUGAUAAAGAAGAUUUGUAUAACAAUGAUAAAAUAGAAAUGCUUAAAAAUGAAGAAGUUGAAAAAAGUAUUGAAUGUGCAAAGUCUCAAACAUCGGCUGAAGAAAUUAUUGAAGCAAAUGUAACAGAGGUCAAUGAAGAAAGUUGUUUAACAAAAGAUAAUGAAGUAAAGACUGAAACUUCAAAAGAAGGUGCAAUUUCAGCCGUAAAAUCACAGGAAAACAAAACACCGGAAAGAUCAUCGAUAUACUCGGAUGACAGUACUUGGGAUUCUCUUCUUCAGAACUCAAGUAUGGAUGAUCAAAAGAAACCGAACACGGGUCUUGCUCUUUUAGAAGAAACGUACAAGAAAGAGAUGGCGAAAACGCGGAAAAUAAAAGCUGAGGCACGAAAGAAGAAAAAGAAAAGGUUGCAUAAUCUGUUACAAGCUGUUAAUACUUUAACUCCUGAGGAGGAGGAGUUACCACUUUCUGCACUGUAUAUUAAAAAAUUGCAUCAAAAAAGGAAGUUACUGAAUUCUUUAGAGUAUCAAGCAAAGCAACAAGUAAGUGAUGAUCCAGAACUUUGGAAGAAUGUGGUUGAAGUAAUAAAUGCAGUAGCAGAAAACAGAACAGAAGAACUUUAUGUGGAACAAUUACAAGAACAAUUAACUGGUGAUACAGAAGGUACUACAUCCGACAUACUAGAAGAAAACUCUGAUUCCAAAGAAAAUAAAGAAAAACAAAUAGUAGAUUCCCUUAUAUUAAAAAAUACUGAAGAAGUUUGCAUUGACCUAUCUGUAGAUGUUAAAACUUCAUGUGAAAAUAAAGAUACAACAAAUAAUGAACUUAAGAAAGACAAUGUACAAUUGUCACCUAGUAAAUCCCAGGAAUGUUUAAGCAAUGAACACUUUCAAAAAGAUUUGGAGAUUAGUGCAUCAUCAAAACUUGUAGAAGAUAUAUCAGGAACAUCUGUGUGUGAAAUAUCUACAAAUAUUGAGGAAAAUCUAACAGAAUUUUCUGCACAAGAAGCUCUGGAAAAUGACAAUGUAGAAAUUAAUCAAUUGACUUCAAUAGAUGAUGUAGAUUCAUGUUGUAUGGAAUUAGAUUCAAGUAAUAUUUGCAGUGAUCAGAAUACUUUAAAUACUUUGGAAAAUUCACCUACAAAGAAUCUUGAAGAAGACAAAGUGGAAGUGGAAAAUGAGGAACUUAAUUUACAGGAGAAAAUUUGUAAUGUUGAAGAGGAUAUUGCAGCACAGGCACCUGCCAACAGUCAAUCAGUGGUAACACUUGAAAAUGUUGAAAAAAGUCAGGAUGAUGCAACCGAAUAUAACAAUGAUAAAAAUACAUCAAUUACAAGUGAGAUUAGUUCAAAUGGAGAUUCUGAUUUUGAAAUGGAAGGUAUGAAUGAAGAGAAAUUGAAAGAUUCCACAGUUUCAUGCGAGAGAGACAAUAACGAGGACGACACUACGGAAAAAUCAAGUUGUACACCUCAAGAUGAGCAAUUUAUAAGCCUUAAAGAGCAUAAAGAAUCACAGAAAAGAAAAGAAACUGAACGAUUGAACAAAGAUCCCAGCGAAGAAAAUAACAAUCAGAAUAGUGCAUCCGUUUCUUCUACUAGUGAGAGCACAGACACAUUAAAAAGUGAAGAAACAUCUAGUAAAAAAUCAUCCAAACGUAAGAGUUCAAGCAGCAGAACUCCUCUUCGGCGAAGCUCUAGGUAUACCGAAGAAUAUACGAAACGUAUAAAACUAGAAGUUGAUGUAAGCGUUCAGAAUAUCGAACAAGAAUCACAAGAAAAGAAUUUAAAAAUGCAGUUCCCGAGUAUAUCAACGAUAUCGUUAUCGUCAUGCGAAGACGAAGUUGAAACUAUAUGGAUAAACCCAAGAAAAAGUCGUGGUACUCAAAAAGUUACGAGUAGCAAAAAGCGAUGUACACCUAUGUCUUUAGAAAUUGAAAUUCUACAUGAAUCAAACUUAAACAAUGAGCCAAUAAAGGGGAUUAAAAGAUACAAACAACAUACGAUAUCAGAAAUGAUGAAUUGCGUAGUAAAGUUAGCAGAUUGUAAAGAUGCAAUCUUGAACCCAAAUAAAAGUCCUAAUACAAUACAAAAGUACGGAAUCUCUGAAAUUACUAAAUGCGUAUGUCCCAACUCUACUCAAUUAGAUCCUUUUAUAACAUCUAUGCAAUCGACAUCAACCAAAGAUUUGUCAAGUGUAUGCCUAAAAGAAACAACUUCUGUGACUGAAUUUUCACCAAGUCAGACUUCAAAGUUAAUUAAAAAAUUUGAGGAUGCAAUGCGACCUGUUAAUGAUCAAAUAACAUUCACCAAAGUUAAAAAGACACUGAAACCUGGAAGAAUAGAUUCGCCUGCAAUUGACAAAGAAGAACAUGCAGAUCCUGAUAUUGAAGUCAUGCCAGUUUUGAUAAAAGAGCCAGUUACUGUGGACACUUCACAGAAUUAUGAGAAGCCAGACAUUGAGAUUAUAGAAGAAAAAAUGAUAGUUACCAAGAGUCAACAACAUAGUAACUCUGGAUCGACACUAACUGUGAUAGAUACAAAGGAUGAUAAGGAAGUACCGAGGACACAGUAUACGGUCCAUAAAGGUCCUAUUUUAGAUAUUAAGAUUUUUGAGAAUUCAUUCCUAGCUGCAAGUGAAGAUGGCAGAGUAUAUAGAUAUAAUCAAGCUUCUAAUGGAAUAUUAAACAUCUACAAGGGCCAUAAAGCAGCAGUAACUUGUUUAUACGUGUACAAUGCAAACAGCACAGAUAUUAAUAAAGAAUGGAUGUUCUCUGGUUCAUUGGAUGGAACUUUACGAUGUUACAACAUAAUGACUGGAGUACAAGCAAGAGAAACUGCAGAUAUAGGUAGUCCAAUACAAUGUAUGGAUGAAGCAUGGGGAAUAAUCUUCAUUGGUACUAAAUCAGGCCAUGUAUCACGCUAUCAUAUGAAGUCAGGUAUUAUUAAAGGAAACAGCAUACAGUUCUCGGAUAAAUCUGUAUUAGCUUUAAAAGCAACUAACGAGGGUCCACGAAGAGUUCUCAUUGUAGCAUCACGUAGUCAACCGAUAACAAUACGGGAUGCUCAGAGCGGCCUAUUUCUUCGCACAAUUUGUGGUCAAAAAAAUCAUACAGUGUAUAGUCUGAUGCGGGAUCAUAAUUUGAUUUAUUGUGGCACAAGUAGCACGUCUAUACCUGUCUUUGAUUUCACGAAUGGUGAACAAACAAUGCAGUAUGAUGCUGGUGUAGGAAUUGUAUGUAUGCGUCUGUACAGACAGUUAUUGUUUGCUGGUUGUUAUGAUGGAAAUAUUUAUGUAUUUGAUACGAAGGAUCAUCGACUUGUAUGUAGUAUACCUGGACCUGGAAAUAUGUUAUUAAGUAUGGAAGUCAUAGACAAUAAGAUCAUAGCUGGUAGCAAAGAUAAACGUUUGCAGUCAUGGCAAAUGCCUCGGCAAGUGCGAACUUUGCUAUAGAAGGUGAACCAAGCUUGAACUGAUAGAUCCUAGUCU